GUUUUCGUCAGUUCUCGUUUAGCUGUUUGUUUGUUAGCGUCUCCGAAUAUUUCGGAUUAUAGUCCGUGUAUAUGUGUUUUUUGUAUUAUUUUAGAACAAAAGAGCUUCUUGAACUGUUUUCCAUUUCUUUGUUCGUAAAACGCAUCCAAAGUUAAAGAUUAAAUUGGCUGUUUUUGGGAUAAACGGAAAAAAAUAGCAAAAAUUAAUCUGCUUGUGGACCGAUUUUUUAUAUGAAACAAGAAACAUUCUUCGUAAAACGAUAACAGAAUUUCGAUGAUAUAAUUAGACUCACGAAAAAACCGAGAGAAAAAUCGAUAGAAAACAUUUUCGAUUGUUUUUGUCAGCAGCAAAUCGAAAAGAAGAUUGCAGUUGUUUCGGUAUACAUCCAUACGAGAGUCGAAAAUAUUGUAAACUGUGUGGUGCCAUCAUAAUAACAACGUAACGUUCUAGAUAUUCCUUCGUCAGAACACAUAAAUUUAAUUUCGUUUUCAAUGAGAUGAUCGCAGUUGACAAAAUUCCGUCUUGAAUGUGUGAUUUGCCAAUUCGAGUGACUUUAUUUGUUGUUCGUGUAAAUUGUCUAAAUUGAAGAACAGUGUGCGAGACGACGUAGUGAAAAUCAAAUCGAAAAACACUUUUUUUUCGGUAAAUAAACGAUAUCACGACAUUGUACACCAUUAUAACAGAGGUGUUGUUGAUAAACAUUUUUCGGAUCUUUCCGUUUCUCAAGAAACUUUUGUUGAAACGAGAAUUCGGUUGUGCAAAUAAAAACAAAAAUUAGACACGGUGUGUGGACGUUUGUUAUUCCAAUAAAUUUGUGACAUAUAAAUCCAGUCCCCAGUCGAUUUCUGCUGGACUCAUAACAGGCGUAAACUGUUCACAUUUUGAAUCAAUCUGAACAUAUGGCAACCGGCAUUGAAUUACGUAGAUAAAGAGGAUAUACACCAAUCGUGUACGCCGUUUUCAAAGGAUAUAAGCGACGAAUCUGAGCAAACAAAAAGUAUAAUUUAUGUACUCGACACCCGAGAUUUGUCUGUAGACAUAAGCUGGCAAGAUUGUAUACAAAUUAAAAGCAAUAUUUUCUCGCUGUUCGGAAACGGAGAAAAUCAACAUUGGGACACCCGUCCAUCAGGAUAAAAUUCGUUUAUUUGUUUAUUCGAUAAACAAUCGACAAAUACGGGAAAGAAGAGUUGAUAAGCUCCAGAAUAGAGACGAAGAAACUGGCUGAUAAAAAGUAAUUUUUGUUAUUGCCGAUUGACUAGUGUGCAUACACAUACGCAACGCAUGUGUUUGUUAAAAUUGUUAAAUCGUUAAAUUUUCCAACAGAUAAGAUUACGCCUUUGAUUGCUCAAUGUUUCGGUUUACAAUUCGAAAUUCGCAAAACAAGAAGUAAGCUGAAAGUGAAUAGUGUAACCUCAGUCUAACCGCCAAAUCGAACUUUUUAAAAACUAAACCGUGAGAAAAGUGCAAUUUUCUCCAAACCACAUCAAAUUGGUCUAAGUGAUAAAUGACGUUAUAAAGCAAACGCUGCACCAUGUCUCAACCGAAAGUUUUAACGUUCACAUUUUUGGUGAUAUCACACCUACUAAUCGUAGCUAGUCAACCGGCCGAUCUGGGAACGUUCGGAUCGCAUAAUGAUCUUCCCAACGGCAUUUCAUCGUUUUCCUUACCAGCCGACGAGCGAAUUCUCAGCGAGCCAUACGUUCUGGCAUACAUCAAUUACAAUUACACCACGGCGCAGGGCCUUCUCGUUCAAACGAAUGCGGAGGAACGUGGCAAAUACGGCGAGGGACGGAUAUUCACCGUUCAGGGUCAAUUGGUCCAUGUGACGUCACGAGACGAUAAGCAUGAUCAUAGCGCAUGCGAUAUGCGACUGAUCAGCUCGACGGGACACUCAUUGCCAAAUGGUGAUAGGCCGUGGAUAGCGUUAAUCAAACGGGGUGGCUGCAAUUUCGAAGAUAAGGUUCGACAUGCCUACGAGCAUAAAGCGGCUGGUGUGAUUGUGUACAAUGACAGAGACAGCAACAGUCUGGAUAAAAUGAAAAUCGUGGAAACUGAUCGUGCAAUAACGGCAGUGUUUACGUUCAAAUGGCUUGGAGAGCAAAUGGCUAGACUCAUUGACGAGGGCAAUGAACUCAAUGCAACGAUUUCCGAAGGAAGAUAUUCAAAAGUUGUAACAAACAUUAACCGAACAUCUGUGCUGUUCGUAUCAGUAUCGUUUAUCGUCCUCAUGAUAAUUUCCCUGGUAUGGCUGGUAUUUUACUAUGUACAGCGUUUCCGAUACCUUCAAACGAAAGAUCGAAAAUCGCGACAACUCUGCAGCGUAGCAAAACGGAUAAUCGCAAAAAUUCCAACGAAAAACAUCAAAUCCGACGAUAAAGAAAUCGAGAAUGAUUGUUGUGCCAUCUGCAUAGAAAUAUACAAAGUGACGGAUCUAAUUAGAAUGUUACCGUGUCGCCAUGAGUUCCACAAAAACUGCAUAGAUCCAUGGCUACUGGAACAUCGUACGUGCCCGAUGUGCAAAAUGGACAUUCUUCGACACUAUGGCUUUGUGUUUACUGGAAGUCAAGAAAGUAUUCUCCAGUUGGAUUUAGACACCGAAGAAGAGACAAACGGAGACGAAAAUAUUCGUGGCCGUGGAAUGAGUCCAACAUUUAUCAUUCAACUAGACAAUGAGCACAUGCGACGCUCAUCUGUCGAGUCAAUGGUGUCAAUGCAACGUGGAGAUGCAAUAGUUAACAAUGAAUCUGAUGAUGCGAUGAAAGAAAAACAUUCCGAAUGUUCGCACAACAAGCAUUCAGCUUGUGAAGAUGAUGACCGAUACAACAAGAUCCGAGAAUCAAUUAGCCUUCCGUGCACACUUCGAAAAUGCAAAGGAUCCGAAUCGUGUCGUGGCAGCAACAAUUGCUACGUGUGGGCGAUGGACUUCGAGCAGUUAAGCAAACGUAUGGACAAAUUGGAGAAAGGUUGCCCGAAAUCGAAAACGUUGUGCACUGAUGCUAAGGGCAGCGACAAUGAAUGUCUGUUGGCGGACCGAACAUACUGUUCCACCGAAGACAUCAGCAGUCCGGAACAUCAAUCAACAAGUCAUGGUAGUAGACCAGCCAAAGAAUUGACAAGUGUAAGAUCAUCGAGUGUUUCUGGAGCAGCGACGACGUCUCAGCCGGAUCUACAGUAGAAUGAAUCGCUGCUAAUAUGGUGGGACGAGAACGCAAAAUUGGAUUGAACUUUUGUGAUUGUUGGUGUAGUGAUCAACAAUUGCAACGAAAAGCGAACGUGAAUUUGUCGUUUAUUAGAUGUCGCUUUGCAUCAGAACAUUCCGAUGACGACUUCACGUACACUUUAAUUCGUUGUAUCUCUGCAGUCACAAACUUGUCUUCAUUCCAAUGGAUGUUUAGGCAUGAAGCUAGUGCGAGUAUUACAUGUUUAUAAUCAACUUAAUGGCUAUGAUGUAGAUACACGAUCUAAAACAAAAUUAUUUAGAGUUUAGAGUACAGCGAAAAACAAGGAACUUAUCUCACUUAAACAAAUAUCGUUAAAUUAAAAAGAAGAAGAAAAAAAUUACCAAGACUGAAAAAAAAAACGAGAGCUAAAAUUAAUGAAUGUGUCGUACUUCGCGAAUCGAACGGUCAUCAUUAGGACAAAAAGUGUGAGCAAAAUGAAUCUCCCAAUUUUAUGAUGUAGUCUGGCGAGACGAUUCGAUCAAUUUCCUUUUGCUAUAUUUAUCACCAUUGUAGAUAGGUGCAGUUACAUGACCCACACACUCGCAGUAAGGUGAGGACCAUCACGAGUUGAUGUGGUUUAUAUUUGUAGAUUAUCAUCAAGUGAAGAGCAAGAUAAAAAUUUGUGACACCUUGAACGAUAAAGCGAUGUCAUUUCCAACAAAAACGCAGAACUUGAAAAUCUAGUCCUUCAAAUGUUAAACGAAAUAUUUGAUCUGGAAAUACUGACUACAACAACUUCUAAAUCAGAAAGCUGUGUGUACUUAUGCUCGUCCAUGCUUUUAAUUGUAGAGAACCUAAAGAGUAAGAUAGAGGACACAGCCGCCUUUACAGAAAAUAUUUAAAAUCUUCCGCAAAAAAGCUUUCAUCUCUAUCACCGUAGCAAAACAGACAAUCAGUAUAAUUCGUACAAAUUCGACAAAAUUCAAAAUUCGCCUUUUUACCGCUGACUAAGCCAAGAUCUGAGAAUAUUUGCAUGCUUAGUUACAAUUUUUUAUGUAAUUUUCGUUAGCUCUUCUUGAAACGGUCUCUAUAUAUGUCACGAAUAUGUUGGAAAGUGAGAAGAAUCUGAGAACGAACUGGAACGCCAAUGCAAAUUGAACGGAUAUGCUUUUCAACUGUUAUUACCUUCGAUUUGAGCGGUAAUUACUCCGAGAAUCUUUGCGAGCGAAUUCUUCACAUGCAAAGAGAACAAAGAGAACGACUCGACAUUUUAGUCACCUAUUUAGAGGCAACAUUCUCAUUUCUCUACACCUUCAGUCGUAGAUGCGUAAACAUUGUGACUUAUCUUUGAUUAACAAAAUCUGAAUUCCCCUUAGAAUACUUGAUAAAAUACCGAUAGAACGAUAAACACUAACCGCAGUUAAGCUAAAAAUUUGAUGAAUUUAAAUAAAAAUGAUCGAAAAACGGACCCAGACCACAUUAUAUUCCCAUAAAUAUCUUAAAUAUCUCAACAAAACUAUAAAUAACCGAAACAUAGACAUUAUACAAAUUUCGAAACAACAAAUCAAAGAAAAAUAUUUAAAUUAACAAAAACAGACAAAUCGAUUUAGUAAAAAAAAACUUAUCUUCCAAAAUGACAGAAAAAUUCUUAUGCAAUUGAAAAAUAAAUGAAACAAAAAAAAAGAAAAUUAUCCGAGAGUCUAGUUGAUAAGCUUUAGUUCGGAAAGAAAAUUAUUUGUAGAAAAUUUACGCCAAAGAAAAUUUUACCUGUUUCUUUAGUUGUUGUCGUUGGACAAUGACAAAAAAACAAUCUUAAAAAUUAUUUUUUUUUAAUUAUUAGGCGCUUGCAUAAUUGAUACGAAUAACAUUUAAAAAAAAUAUUUUAUGUUUGAUGGCAUAGCGAAACCGGGAAGCUAAAAGUAUUAGGUAUAUAUGAUGUGAUAUCGAUUAAUUGUAAACAUUUUAAACAUUAAAUUAAACUGCAAUUCAUAAA